AUGGUUCCUAAUUUGAACCUGCUGCACGUAAUAUGUUUCGCACUGUUAUUCGGUCUAUGCGUGCGCACGCAUGCCGAAUUAUUCACAGCAAUAGCAGACGUGGAACAUUUACUAGAGACACAUAAAAGGAUAAUAGAUGACCUAGAUUUUUAUAUUGAAAAGGAAGAGAAAAGGCUGUCAACACUGAAGAGGCAUUUGAACCUCUACAGGAAGGAACAUGAGAAGGCGAUGGAAGACAUUCCCAAUUAUUUGGGGAAUCCAAUCAACGCCUUUACUCUUAUAAAAAGACUGACAACAGAUCUUGAUCAUAUCGAAGAUAGUAUUAAGAUAGGAACAGAGUACACAAAGAAUAUAACAAUGAACCAUACGGAUGUGAAGUAUCCGACUUUAGAAGAUUUGGCUGGAGCUGCGCAAGCACUGACUAGACUUCAAGAGACUUAUCAUCUCGAUGUGAAAGAUCUGUCAGAAGGAAAACUAAAUGGAGUUAUUUACAGUACUCCUAUGAGUGCAGGCGACUGUUACGAGUUGGGGCGUGCGCUGUACAACGAAAAAGACUAUAAAAACGCACGCGCUUGGAUGCACGAAGCGCUACGAAAGUACAAAGAGGAAAACAUUACCUACUCCUUCAAAGAAUCUGAUAUAUUAGAAUACAUCGGCUUCUCUUAUUACUUACUUGGUGACACACGAAACGCUUUGGAGUGGACUCACAAGCUGUUGGCAGUUGACCCGGCACACCCUCGGGCUAAAGGCAAUAUACCACACUACCAGAAGAGCAUUGCUGAAGAAGAACUUAGACUUAGGAAGGAACGGCGUGGGGAAACAGGUGCCGAGCCGGAACAGGAGAAACCAGCCGCGGCAACGGAAUAUGGACAAAAGGAGAGGAAAGCAUAUGAGUCUCUGUGCCGCGGUGAAGUCGACGUGCCCCUCGAGAUCUCUAAAAAAUUAACAUGCCGUUACCUGACCGAGAACCACCCGUUCCUACGUCUGGCGCCCAUCAAGAUGGAAAUGAUGUACCUGAACCCCGAUAUUGUGAUAUUCCAUGAUGUCAUCAGCGAUGGGGAGAUUGAAACUGUUAAACGAAUGGCUAGGCCUAGGUUCAAACGAGCAGUUGUCCACGAUCCGAAGACUGGCGAGUUGGUACCAGCUCACUACCGUAUAAGCAAGUCGGCCUGGCUACGCGACGGGGAGGCGGAGACCAUCGCUCGUAUUACUAGGCGAGUCUCACAUAUGACCGGCCUUAGCAUGGACUCCGCUGAAGAACUGCAAGUCGUCAAUUAUGGAAUCGGAGGCCAUUAUGAACCUCAUUACGAUUUUGCUAGGAAGCGGGAAAAUGCCUUCGCCAAACAAGGAGGCAACAGGAUAGCUACAGUUCUCUUCUAUAUGUCGGACGUGGCGCAAGGCGGUGCUACUGUGUUCACGGAGCUGGGUCUGAGCGUGUUCCCAGUGAAGCGUGCCGCCGCGUUCUGGAUGAACCUGCAUCCCUCCGGCGAAGGAGACUUCGCCACCAGACACGCGGCCUGCCCCGUGCUGCAGGGCUCCAAGUGGGUAUGCAAUAAAUGGCUGCACCAAGGCGGACAGGAGUUGCUGAAGCCGUGCAACUUGGAGUACCAGAAGGAGGGCAUCAUCCGCCAAAUCCCGCGACCAGUGCCCAAGACAUACAGGUAG